ACGGGAAAGUUUCGUGUUAAAUUAUCAUCAAACAUGCGAGUUAUAGUCGAGAAACAGACAUAUAGAAAGGAGGAGGAGGUUUUUACACACGGGGAGGCGGAUGAAAGAGUGGGAAAAGGAAAUGAGAUGUCGUCUAAAACCACGCUAUCACUGAUUGUGCAAUACGCGCGCUAGUUAUCUGACUUGGGGGAAUUUUGGCUUCUCUUCAUAUCAUCAUCAGCCUUCCGACCGGAUAGAUGGAUAAGAUCGCAGUGUCCCUGUUUUUGCUUCUAACUUUAUCGACUAUCGUUUGCAAUGGAUGGCCAUCGUGGCGUCACCAUCGCAGUCCGGAAAAGACAACAACAACUCAUCAACAUCCGUCACUUUUCCGGGUGAUCGGUCUUUACGCCAAUCCGUUCGGAUGGAUCGGAACGCCAACUUUGCCCAAACGGACCAAAAACAACAGGAAGUCGGACCGCGUCGGUCAUCAGUGGGUUAUCGAAAUUGACGAAUCGGAUCACUGGUGGGUAACCGUCUACGAAAACGGAGCCCAAAUUCCCGGACCCGGAAGAAAAGCGAUUAUGAAAUUAUUCUGAAAAGUUUACGAUUCUUUUCUUUUUCUGUUAUUUCUUUCCUUAAUUAAUUUCCCACGCGAUUUUGUAUUUGUUAUCGAAUAACCCCCCCACUCAAAGAUAUUUAAAAAAACAAAUUAUUUAAAAUAAUUUUUUCGGGUUAUUUUUGAUUGAAUUUAAUAAGUCCAGUGCGAUGUUUUUUUGUAACUAAAUCAUCGAAGACACAGUAGUAGG